UCGCCGGCUUCAACGCACGUCGACGAUGCUUCGACAAGCCCGUCGCCUCCAUGCGUCUGUGAUACCCGCAACAUCUGCGCUCAAUGCGCAGCGCCUGUUCAGCAGCAAAGUGUACGCGAACGCGGAUGAUGCUGUCAAGGACAUCAAGUCUGGAUCCAAGCUGAUCGUGGGUGGAUUUGGGCUGUGCGGUAUUCCCGAAAGUUGUAUCGAUGCCUUGGUUCGCCUCGGGCCCAAGGACCUGACCUGCGUGUCCAACAAUGCUGGCGUUGACGACUACGGCUUGGGCUUGUUGUUGCAGUCGCGUCAAAUCAAGCGCAUGAUUUCGUCGUAUGUCGGGGAAAACGCCUUGUUUGAGAAAUUGUACCUUUCGGGCGAACUCGAAGUCGAAUUGACCCCCCAGGGGACCCUGGCUGAACGCAUUCGCGCUGGUGGCGCGGGUAUUCCUGCGUUUUUCACCCCCACAGCUUACGGUACCAUCAUCCAAGAAGGAGGGUUCGGUAUCAAGCUCAAGAGCGACGGAUCCGUGGACAUUCCUAGCAAACCGCGCGAAGUUCGCCAAUUCAACGGUCGCAAUUAUGUCAUGGAAGAAGGCAUCACGGGAGACUUUGCCUUGGUGAAGGCAUGGAAGGGCGACAAAGACGGCAACUUGGUCUUCAAGGGCACCACGCGCAACUUCAACGUCGACGCGGCCAAAGCUGGUCGCACUACCAUCGUCGAAGUCGAAGAAUUGGUUGAAAUUGGCGAUAUUCACCCUGAUGACAUUCAUGUUCCGGGGGUGUACGUGCAGCGCAUCUUCAAAGCGACCCGCAACGAAAAGCGCAUCGAGCGACUCACUGUCUCCGACAACACGGUGCUGUCACCUCGUCUUUCGUCACCGCGACUAACUCGUGGUCUCGAGCAGAAGAGCGCUAAAGUCACGCCGGACCGUGAGCGCAUCAUCAAGCGCGCCGCGAAAGAAUUGCAAGACGGCAUGUACGUGAACUUAGGCAUUGGACUGCCGACGUUGGCACCCAACUACGUCCCGAAGAACGUCAAGGUGGUCCUGCAGAGUGAAAAUGGCUUGCUGGGCAUGGGACCGUACCCCAAGACGGGUGAAGAAGACGCCGAUCUCAUCAACGCGGGCAAGGAAACAGUCACGUACUUGCCUGGAUCGUCGACGUUUUCGUCGUCGGAAUCGUUUGGGAUGAUUCGCGGCGGCCACAUCCAUUUGACAAUCUUGGGUGCCCUGCAAGUGGCGCAAAACGGCGAUCUCGCCAACUGGAUCAUUCCUGGCAAGAUGGUCAAGGGUAUGGGCGGCGCGAUGGACUUGGUCGGGUCCGGCAACCGCGUUGUUGUCACGAUGGAGCACAACGCCAAGAACGGCAGCGCCAAGAUCCUCAAGAGCUGCAAACUACCGCUCACGGGCAAACAAGUCGUGAACCGCAUCAUCACGGAGCUUGCUGUAUUUGACGUGAUCCAGGGCAAACUCGUGCUCAUUGAACACGCCCCCGGUGUCACUGUCGACGAGAUCAAGGCUCGCACGGAAGCCGACUUCACCGUGUCCCCCAGCCUGACCACGAUGGAAUAAGGGUCGAAUAAUAUCACAUAGGAGCAUCCCAUUUGCCACAGACACCGAUGCAUACUGAUGCAGCCCAUGAACGGAAGCAGGACGAAGAUGGCAAGCUGCCGUGCAUUCCAUGCGUCCCGCCGACGCAUGGCACCUGUGGCCGAGACACGUUGCACGGCUACAGCGAUAGGAAGGGAGCUGUCGUGCGGCGAAUUGUGGGGUACGAUGCACGCCGAACGAAUCGUGUUGCG